UCCACGUUCUCUCUCCACUUUCCAUAAAUACAAAAUACCCCCCAAUUUUCCAAUUUCCAUUUUUAUAAUUUAUCCUCGCUUCAUUUUUCUGGUUUCUUCUUCCUUCUUUCCUUUUUGUAGGUGGCUGGGUUUAGUUUCUUGUUCAUCUUCACGAUUCAAUUCCCAACCCAUCUACAAUCAACCCAAUCUAAUCAAAUCAAUUCAAUUUCCAAUAAAAAAUGGCUCGAUCUCUUUCUCAAACCCUAACUCGAUUCCCCAAUUCUCUCUCCUCCGCAACUUCCACCCGUUUCGUCAAUUUCCGGCACCGGUCUAACUCGGCAGAGGUGUUUUCUGGCGAAAAUAUGGCGGCGGAGGAGGUGGAGAAGGUUGCGAUGAAGAAUCUAGAAGAUGCAAUUCAUAAAAUUAUUGUGAAGAAAUCUCAACCUGAUUGGAUUUCUCUUGUUCCUGGGGCUUCUUAUUGGGUCCCACCUAAGAGUAAAGCUCAAGGUCUUGCGAAUGUUAUUGGGAAUUUGGUGCAUAAUUCUGCUGCUGCUACGGCUGUGAUUAAGGGUGGUAAUAAGGGUUUUUCUCUCUCUUCGAAUCGUGGGUGGCCUUCUUCUGCUCAUUUCUUUGAAGGGGCAUCCCAUUCUUCUUUAGAGGGAGAGACAGGCAAGAGCCGCAAGACGGCAUCUAAGCAUGCAUCACAAUUUGAGGACGAGGAAGGGUGAAUCUGCUCUUUAGGAGAUAAUUGUAUCCAAGGCUUCCACCUACUGUAAAUUAUUCGUGGGAAAGGUGGGAACUUGAGUACAUGACUGAUGUAUCGGGGAUUGAGAGUUUUGAUACAUGGUUGCACAGCAGAAAGAAGGUGACAAAGAAGCAGCCUGAUUGCUCUUAGAUAACAGCUGCAGAGACUGGAUUUUAUCAAGGUGGGAAAUCAACAAGCAUUUACACUGACAGAAAGAGACCUGUAUCGGCUGUAUGUUCUUUGUAAUGUGGGUUAGAGCUGUUAAAUAUAACUUUAGUGUAAAAAAAAGAUUCAACCUUGUGAAUAUUCAAAGUCUUGUGAUCCAUAUUAUUAUUAUUAUUA